AUGGAAGGGAAGAGCAAUUUCAUGUUUUUUAGUUUCAUUGAGGAAAAUGUUUCAACUGACGAGUACAGUCUUAGAAAAGAUUCAACUCGCAUCCCAAGUCAGCUUUUAAAGCGGGAUCUGGGACUCCAGGGAACGUCUCUCAAUGACAUUUUGUACAAGAAUGCAGCUUUUCUCAAUCUGGUGGACCCUAUCUCACACGAGCUGUUGCUGAGCUUGGCCCGAGAUCUGCAGUGUCCUAAAAAGGAAACAGACUCCCUCAAGUCCACCAACAAGAUCUGCCGCCAGCUGAUUUACCACCUGACGCCUCACUCCAAGUGGACCAGGCAAAGCGUUCCCAGGAGAAAGUCUCAGGCUUGUUUGAAGACCACCCUGAAGAAGAAGCUGUCCGGCGACGUGGUCAACCUUUGUGGAAUCCCAUUGUCAGGAAGAGACGUCCAACGCGUGGCCUUCUACCUUCAGGGCGGUAGCGACGCCGUAUCGGCCGUGGACCUGAGCUUCACCGGGCUUCAGGACGACAGCUUGCGGUUGCUCCUGCCGGCCCUCGGCGUCCUGCCCAAGCUGACCACGCUGGCCGUCAACGGCAACCGUCUGACGGCCGCAGUCCUCAAAGACCUAAUGGAAGCGGUCAAAGACCCCAAGACGUUCCCCAGCCUGGCGUGGAUUGACCUGGGUAACAAUGUGGACAUAUUCACCGUGCCGCAGCCGCUCCUGGUUGCCCUUCGCCGUCGCUUCGGUAUUCAAAGCAGCCUCCCGACUAUAUACGAGUACAGCGAGGCGAAAACCUUGAGCUCUUACGUUCCCAACAUGGAAACCUCUGUCGAGGAAACCAGCGUGUGCGAAGAGGGCGACGAAGGGGAGGAUGAUCAAGACGACGACAGGCUGGAGCUUCGUGCUUGGGGCUUUAAAGAGGAGAGAACAUCCAGGAAUGUGCAUGUGGCCUUCUGUGGGAGGUGA